AAAUGGGAAGAGGUCGUGUUGAGUUGAAGAGGAUAGAGAACAAGAUCAAUAGGCAAGUGACCUUUGCGAAGAGAAGGAAUGGUCUGUUGAAGAAAGCGUAUGAGCUCUCAGUUCUCUGCGAUGCAGAGGUUGCUCUCAUCAUCUUCUCAAAUAGAGGAAAGCUGUACGAGUUUUGCAGCAGCUCAAGCAUGCUCAAAACCCUCGAGAGGUACCAGAAAUGCAGCUAUGGAGCCCCUGAGCCCAAUGUGCCUUCAAGAGAGGCCUUAGAAGUUGAGCUGAGCAGCCAGCAGGAGUACCUGAAGCUUAAGCAGCGUUUCGACGCCUUACAGAGAACCCAAAGGAACUUAUUAGGAGAAGAUCUUGGCCCUCUUAACACUAAGGAGCUUGAGGCACUUGAGAGGCAGCUUGAUUCUUCCUUGAAGCAGAUUCGAGCUCUCAGGACUCAGUACAUGCUCGACCAGCGCAACGAACUUCAACGUAAGGUAAAAAAACAACACAAAAGGAUUAGAGAAUUAUACCCCUUUCGAUUUCGCUCCAACUAA